CAGACCACAAUGCUACAAGGCUCAAAUAUCUUGGGGCACGAGAGGCCCCUGGUCAUCAGGAUAUCGUUCACCACCUGUGUUCUGGCUACUGUGUGCCUACCACUGCUUGGAUUGAUAACGUGCGUCUUCAUAUCCUCUGUUUUUCAUUUUGAGGACUCUACUGGUACACACUGCCAGGUGCCAAAUUACCUGCCAUCAAUAAGCGCCUCAAUAAGCCUAAGUCCUGAGUGCCACAUAUGGCGGUUCUGCAUCGGAUUGCAUUCAGCACCGAGGCUCCUGGUGGCGUUUACAUACUUCAAAUUUUACAAGACACGUUUUUCCUCGAGGUUCCCAGAGAGUUCACUCACCUGCUUGAACUUUGCAUUUUCUAUUUCUGAAAACCUUGGCCUCUUGCUCCUCACAUAUGUGUCAUCCAGUGAAACAUAUUUUGUACAUAAGGAAGGUUUUGUCCUCUUCAUUGUCAGUUCUAUUAUCUACAUGCUGAUAACCUGCCGUUUAUGGAAGGCUAUUAAGAAGUAUUCAUUAAGUCCUGAGGAUGCCAAGUCUCACCAUUGGAAAGUGCGCUUCUUAUUUCUCAACGUGUCCUUUUGUGUUUUGGCCGGAUUCUUUUAUUGGAAACACAACAUGUACUGUGAAUCAGGGAGUUAUACAUUAUUUGCCCUGUUUGAGUAUCUGGUGGUCUUCUCCAAUAUGGCCUUCCAUCUCACAGCAGUGUGGGACUUUAAGAGUCGUGAGGUCAUGGUCAUUUCAUCCUCUGAAGAUAAAGACUUCUGA